AACAUUUUCAGCCUUCGACUCUUUGGUGGUAGGAUUGUGGUCGUUCAUGGCUACAAACUUGUGAAAGAAGCCCUGGUUCACCAAGGAGAAGACUUCAUGGAUCGCCCAACUAUACCCUUAUUUGAAUCAAUUAUAGGGAAUAAAGGUCUUGUGAUGUCAAAUGGUUAUCCCUGGAAGCAACAGAGGAGAUUUGCUCUUCACACAUUCAGAAACUUUGGUCUGGGGAAGAAGACCCUGGAGUUAUCCAUCCAGCAGGAGUGCCAGUAUCUCACAGAGGCUUUCGCAGAACACCAAGAUGUACAACACAUUACCCUGGCUGAUGAGGUGGCUGCCUGGAUCACACCAGAAAACAUUUACCUUGAUAAAGAAAAUAGCUGAAUUUGUAGAAACUAGGAUCAAAGAACACCUGGAAAACUUUGACCCUUCAUCACCAAGAGACUACAUAGACUCCUUUCUCAUAGAAAUGGGAGAGAAGGAAGAUAAAGAUUCUGGGUUUUACCUUGAAAAUUUGAAGGCUUGCACAAUGGACCUGUUUGGCGCUGGAACUGAAACCACAACUACUACUUUACACUGGGGGCUUUUAUAUAUGAUCCACUACCCUGACAUACAAAAGAAAGUCCAGGCUGAGAUAGAUGCUGUGGUUGGUUCAUCCAGACAGCCGUCUACAAGUGACAGAGAAAACAUGCCGUUUACUGAUGCAGUUAUUCAUGAAAUCCAGAGAAUGGGAAAUAUCAUCCCACUUAAUGUUGUCCACAUGGCAAACAAGAACACAACUCUGGAAAAGUAUUCAAUCCCAAAGGGCACCAAGAUCUUGGCUCCAUUACACUCUGUUCUACACGAUGAGUCUAUGUGGGAAACUCCACAUUCCUUCAACCCUCAACACUUUUUGGACCAGGAUGGAAAAUUUAGGAAGAGGGAGGCCUUCCUUCCCUUUUCUGCAGGUAAGCGUGUGUGUCUUGGGGAGCAGCUGGCCAGGAUGGAGUUAUUCCUGUUUUUCACCUCCCUGCUGCAGAGGUUUUCAUUGUCUGCACCUGCUGGAGAGAAACCCAGUCUGGACUUCAUUUUGGGAGCCACACUCAGUCCCAAACCUUAUCGUCUGUGUGCUGUGCCACGCUAGAGCACGAGUUAUCCUCAACUGAGCAUGUCUGUUUCUCUGCUCUCUCAAUGACUGUCUUCUGCUAUUAUUUUUGAUGUUCAAGAAUGUUAUCUCUCUCUCUCUCUAGUGUAAGUGUAAUAGAAGCAGAAAACCAACUUUAAUAAAGCAACUGACAAAUUCUGAUUUGAUUUGCAAGUGUCUUUACAUUUUAUGACUUGAGAUAACUUAUUGUAAAUUGAUACUAUAAUAAAACUGAAUUAAAACUGACAUGACUUUAAUUCAACAGAGCCAUUUUGUACGGAGUAUAGAGCUAAAAGUGUAGAGACACCACUACACUGUCAGAGUAUAAAGUACAUGCAGCAAUGCAAGAAACUUGUAGAAACUUACCACCUAGGACAAGGAGUCAAGAGAUGUGUUUAAAUAACCCUGUUAAUAAUGGUAUUUCUUCAGGGCACAAUGAUCAUACCUUCACUGUACUCGGUCCUACAGGAUGAGAUGAUGUGGGAAACUCCAUACUCCUUCAACUCGCAACACUUUCUGGACCAGGAUGAUAAAUUUAGGAGGAGAGAGGCUUUCAUUCCUUUUUCUGCAGGUAAACGUUCGUGUCUUGGGGAACAGCUGGCAAAGAUGGAGUUAUUCCUGUUUUUCACCUCCCUCCUUCAGAGGUUUUCAUUUUCUGCACCCGCUGGAGAACAGCCCAGUCUCGAGUUUAGGUUCUGGGGCACACAUUGCCCCAAACCCUUCCGCCUCUGUGCUGUACCAGAGGGACUAUCUUUUACACAAUUCUGGUAACCACAUUUAUCCAGAAAUGUAUAAAGGACAUGUGCCAAAUUCUUUUAUGUAUAAUAUCAUCAAAAUAUUAUUUCAUUUUAAUUUUGUUCUUAACUAAUAGGCCUCUUCAAAAAAUAAUUAUAUAUUAUUAUAUUAUGCCUAUAGGUAUGUUAUUAUACCUAUGUGCCAUAAAAUGCUUUUGACAUUUCAGUGUCUAAUAGAAUCAACUACAUUUUUACAGCUUAGACUUGUGUAAGGACUUAUUUGUGUUAAUGUUGUUUUUUUUGUCUGAGGUUUCAAAGUAUGCUGUAUUGGAUGGCUUAGAGUAUCUUUUACUUUUUAUAUAUUGAGCAACUUUUGAUUUUUUCACUAACUUUUUCUAGUAAUUCUGAAAAGUAGCAUACACAAAGCAACUGUUCUAGCUGUAUGUGUGUGUAAUAUCUAUGCCAUUGUGUGUGUACAAUACAAUAGUCCCUAAAUAAACAAUAAUAAUGAACA